AUAUGGAAGAAAACAGAAAUAAAUUUGGAAAAAGACAAGGACUGGGUAUCAGAGAAGUUAUCUUAGCUUUGAGAACGAUUGCAGAAAGAAGGCUAAAUAUGAACAAAAAUACAUAUAUAGGGUUAAUCGAUUUAGAAAAAGCAUUCGACACCGUAAAUUGGAACUUGUUGAUGACCACCUUGAAAAUAACUGGCCUAGAUUGGAGAGAUAGAAAAAUAAUUAUAGAACUAUAUAAAAACCAAGAAACAACAAUUAAAAUAGGAGACUACAUAUCCAUAGCCAGAUUCGUAGAGGGGUAAGACAAGGCUGUUUUUUGUCACCCUAUUUAUUCAAUAUAUUCAUAGAAGUUGUACAGGAACUUAAAGUCAAAACUAAAGGUGUAAAAAUAAAUGGAAAUACAAUCUAUUGUAUCAGAUUUGCUGAUGAUAUUACUAUGGUAACAGAAACAGCAAGGGAUAUGCAACAAUCACUGGCUCCAUUUAAUGAGAUAUUAAAACGAUACCUUAUGAAGAUCAAUAUAAGGAAAACAAAAGUCAUGGUGGUAAGUAAAGAGAGCAGAGUCCCCAUCAUCAAAAUACAAUUGGAUAACAAAAUAAUUGAUCAGGUACAAUAAUAUACAUAUUUAGGAAGUAUAUUAAUGAGUGAUAAUAGAUGUUCGAUAGAAAUAAGACACCGAAUAGUUAUGGCAAAUAGAGCCUUCGCACAAAAAAAAAAAAAAUAGCUAUUUACGAACAAGAAUCUUAGUCUUAAAUCCAGAAAAAAACUUUGCCAAAAGCUACGUAUGGAAUGUUUUGUUAUAUAGCAGUGAAACCUGGACCUUAACAUCAUAAGAUGGGAAAAAAUCGAAACAAUGGAAAUGUGGACCUGGAGAAGAAUACUUCGUAUUAGUUGGAUUGAAAGAAAGAACAAUGAAGAAAUUCUCCAAAUAGAGAGGAGAAGAGAGUUUUAGUAUCCAUCAUUAGAUCAAGAAGCGGAAAACUUAUUGAGACUAACCCUUUCAUAACCAACAUAAUAGAAAGAAGAGGAAGACGUUCAUAGGAGAGAUUAUUGGAAUGACUAGAUGUAGCGUCUUCAUUCACAAAUGAAAACUCUGGUAUUGAGGAGAGAGGAGUGGAGAUCUAUUUUCUAACUAUGACAAGGUUAAGCCUUUAGUAAAGAAGAUGAUUGCAUUAAUUAAUUAUAUUAAAUAAUUACAACGUACAGACUACCUACUGAAUAUUUACAAGCAUUACAUUACAUUUUGUGUUAUAAAUGUAAGCUAUCUUCCGUAUUCGUGAAAUAAUUAUUUUUCCGUCCAGAUAACUAGAUAUCAAUAUUGAUAUCUGUGGUAUUUUCUGUCGACAAUUUUGUGCGUUAUCAUCGGUGUGUUGUCGGUAUCGGUUAUCAAUACUACUAUAUACACGUUACAUUUCUCUAAUAACGGGUAUAUCCAUGAAAAAUUGUCGUUCUUCGUCAAUUUACCAAAUUGUUUUUUUCUUACUUGAUUGAUAUUUUUUUUCUCGCGUAUCUUGCUGUAACAGUAAAUCUAUCUCAGUCUAAUCAAAACUUUACUAUAAUUAUCGGGAUUUGUUGACAAUAUAUCUGAUGAUGAAAUGGUUGACAAUCUUAUUCGCUGUGCUCUCUACUGGCAGCUGUAUAUCAUGGCAUAUGCCAUCAAACAGCCAGAAAUGUCUGAGGGGAGAACUGCAGAAAGAUAUUUUAGUCAAGGGCCUGUAUGACGUAAUGCCAAUCGUAGGGCUUCAAGUGGAUUUUACUGUUAAAGAUUCAAAAAACCACAUAUUGGUACAGAAAGAAGAUAUUACUUCUGGAAAAUUUACUUUCAGUGUGGAAACUUAUGACAUGUUUGAAAUAUGUUUCAUUUCAAAAGCAUUAAAUAAAAAUGAAUAUCUUAAUUUUGCUAAACAAGAAAUUUAUUUAGAUAUAAAAACUGGCGUGGAAGCCAAAAAUUAUGAAUCUAUUGGUGAAAUGUAUAAACUUAAGCCCCUUGAAUUGAAUCUGAAACGUCUAGAAGAUUUUUCACAAGCAAUUGUACUUGAAUUUGAUGAUAUGAAGAAACGAGCAGAUGAAAUGCGUAACACAAAUGAAUCUACAAACAAGAGACUUUUGUAUUUUAGUUUGUUCAGCAUGACUUGUUUAAUAUUAUUUGCUACUUGGCAAGUAAUAUAUCUUAGACAGUAUUUUAAAGCAAAAAAAUUGAUCGAAUAAUAUUGUCCGGAAUAAUUACAUGUUAACUAAAAAAGACUUGUACUGACUUUACCUUUCUUUGCGCACUGCCUAAUUUAAGUUCUUCUAUUAUAAAACUCAUUGAAUAUAUUCAUUAUCAUACACACUAUUAUUAAGAUAAUAUAAACUAAGUAUUUAAGUAUUAUCAUACAUUGUUUUAUCUAGUCUUACGUAAUAUAUAUUAUUUGAAUGA